AUGAUCAAUGACAUUGAUGUCAGCAGUGUCAAUCUCUGGAAGUACGUAGAUGUCACUUCGAUCGCUGAGACAGUGCACAAAGGCCAACCAAGUGAAAUCCAAGUUGCUGUAGAUGAACUGUUCGAGCAAGCCGAAGCAGAUAAGUUUCAGUUGAAUGAAUCCAAACCUGUAACAGAAUAUGCAUGUCAGACUUUCCAUGAUGGUCUUCCUCGCUACCUCUCUGAAGAGCUAGAAACAAUUCAGCGACGAGCUCUUAAGAUAAUCUCACCCGCCCUGAACUAUGAGCAACCUCUUAAUGAACACAGCAUGACGACUCUUCACCAACGGCGCAAAGACCUGACAGAGCAGCUCUUCAAAGAAAUUAAUGAUGACAGUWACCAUAAGCUUGCCUGGAAGAAAGAGGAAUCCAGAGUACUUGAAGAGCUGUCAGAGAAGGCAGUUGUAAAUCUAAAUGGUGAUGGACGGUGUGACAGUCCUGGCCAUUGUGCCAAGUAUGGCACAUACACAAUGAUGGAAAGCAGUUCAGGAAAAAUUGCCACGUUCAAUGUUGUCCAAGUCACUGAAGUUUCAAGCUCCAAUGCUAUGGAAAAGGAGGGGUUUGUUAGGUGCCUAGAUAAACUUGAAGAGUCAGUGACAAUUUCACUAAUAACAACUGAUCGCCACACCUCUAUCACAAGUGCAAUGGAGAAAGACUACAGUCACAUCUCACACCAAUAUGAUGUAUGGCAUCUUUCUAAGUCAAUUGUCAAAAAGCUCAACAAGAAAGCCAAACUAAAGAAGUAUGAAGAGCWAGCACCUUGGAUACAAUCCAUAUCAAACCAUCUCUGGUGGUGUGCUUCCACCUGCAAUGGAGAUGCUGCCUUACUAAGAGCAAAAUGGAAAUCRGUUCUUCACCACUGUACCAACAAGCAUUCUUGGAGGGAUUCUGAUAUCUUCAAAAAGUGUGCUCAUCCCCGCCUUACCCGCAGAGAGGUGCUCAGCACAUGUUGGCUAAAGCCAGGGUCACCAGCUCAUGUUGCUUUAGAAGAGGUGGUGCUCCARCCAAAGCUUGUCAAAGACUUGGCAAGAUUAACUGAGUUUUGCCAUACAGGGGGACUUGAAGUCUAUCACUCUGUGAUAAAUAAGUACUGCCCAAAGAGAGASCACUUCUCUUAUGAAGGUAUGAUUGCCAGAACCCAACUUGCUGCMCUGGACAACAAUCUGAACACUGGUAGGAAGCAAGCAGUUAUUGAGAAGGGCCCCAGGAGUGGUGAAGCUCGCUGGAGGAAGUGUUUCCCGAAGACGCACAAGCGCUGGGUUGUCAAGCCUGUAUUAGAGAAAAAGAGCUAUGCCUUCCUUCCAGAAYUGCAGUUGAAAGUCCUAGAGGUGUGUGCAGAGGGAAUGGAGGGUGCACAGAUUGAGCCAAUCGAUGAAGUUGAAUUGCCAAGCAACAUUGCGAGCGAACCUGCCCCAGACAAACAASAACUUAUUCAAAGACACAGGACAAGGUUCUCUAGGUAAUUUGAUUCAGUAUAGAGCAAUUUUAUUUAAUCCRUGAGAUAAAAACUAAAUAGUUCUUAACAAUUAGUCAUUACUUUUUACUAAAUAGAUGAUAGCUCUCAAGCGAAUCAACUUACAUGUAUAGUUCAAUAUUCAGGACACAUUAAAUACACAAGAAUCAAAUUUUAAGUCAUUUAUUCUUUAUUACAUUUGUACCGUGAUAUCAACAAAAAUAAAUGCAAUAACUUGAUGUCUCCUCUCCUGAGUAUUAAACUAUAAGUUGAAUCGCUUG